AUGAGCUGGAACCCGUUUCGCGCAUCGCGGCCAGACGUAGGAUGGAUCUCGGUUGGCCUUGCCUCGUCGUUCCCCGACCUCGACGAUGACAUGCUCAGUCUUGCCGAGCCCCGGCCUUGCAGCGAUGCGGAAACCAGGCCGGGCUGCAGAGUCUUCAAGGUGCCACAAGAUGAUACCUCACGCAACUCCGAGGUAGUACUCGUGGACGAAGACCCGGAGUUGAUGGACUUGAAGGAACAGGUCGUGGUCUUUCGAUACAAGGGCAAGUUCUAUGCCGUUGAUCAUCAAUGCCCGCAUGCAUCAUUCCCUCUGUCGAGAGGCACCCCCUUCGACAUUGAGGAUUUCGGAAUGGUACUCAGCGCUGGCGUGACGUGCCCAAAGCACGGCUGGUCAUUCGACUUGAUCACCGGCAUGGCCGACCACGCGAGGUACAAGCUGAAGACGUGGGAAGUCCAGCUACGCGACGUCAAGGACGCGCUGCCCGCAGGCGAUGCCGCUGAUCCGAAAGUGCCCCAGGAGGUAUGGGUUCGAAGGAAACCCAAGAUGGGCUAG